AUGAAGAUUGAGUACGCUUACAACGUAGAAAAUGUAAUAACAAGAUCGAAGGAUUUUAUCUAUAUCAAUUAUCGGAAAAUCAAUAAUCAGGAUGUACUGCCAUAUUUUAUCUUCCUGAAUACUGCUGUUGGUGUGAAAGUUAAAAAAAUUAUGACAAGAAAACUGUGGAUGUUGGAAAAGAAAUUCAUGCGUAGACUUCACGACAUCAUUCAUUCUCAGCUGAUUGAAAAUGGUACACACAUUCAAACAGUGAUUGGACUGGAGGAAGCAUGUGAUGGAUGUGAGAAGUGUUCUAGCACUGCCAAGAAGUGUCUAGAGUAUGGUCCAUUGAGAUUCAGUACACUACAAACUAUGACUCACUCGAAAAAUUACAAGAAACUGCAGGUGACUGAUAAACUAUUCGAAGUCAUUGCAGAGUACUGUAUCUCUAGGUCAAAAAACAAGAAAGAAUGCUUCGAAGAGCUUGAUAAAACUAUUCUUUCGACCAUCUCCUGCGAAAAACUUGUUAUAUGGAUCAAUGAGUCCAGAGUACUCCUGAAUGAAAGGACACGUCCAAAGUUUAAUCACAGGCACAUGCCACGAGAAGUUAUCGAUAUCAUUCUAAAAAAAUGGAGUGUGAAAUCGAUAAAACUCAAUAUAUUGCAUUUCACGAAUGAACCAGUGUGCAGUCUCGAAUGGCUACAGUAUGACUAUUUCAGCCGAGUCAGAUUGAAUGAUCCAUAUUCGGAAACUGAGCAAUCAGAUUUGAAAUUCAACCAUGUCGAAGUGAGCUUGCGCUAUUCACUAGACUGUGUAAGAGGCUUGGGAAACCUGCCUCACGAAACGGAACCUCCGGCAGGAUACGACAAUUUUAUUCCCAAUAUCAGAAGAAUGUUCCCGACAGAUAAAAUAUCGAUGGAACUGAGCCAUUGGUGUUUUGUACCCAAACUGGAUAUUGAAAAGAAGAUGUCAACUAUUUUACAAGUGGUCACUAUGGAAAAACAUCAGAAUUUGAGUUUAGGCAUCAAGUUUUUUGUGAAAUCAGGAAUUGUCAAAAAGCUCAAUGAGGAGACGAAUAAGGAAGAUUUACUGGGAAUCGCUUCGGGAUAUGUUCUACAAGAGAAGAGAUUACACUGUUUCAAGAAAUCCUCAUCGUUCAAUGCUGGGGGACAUGGUCCAGAAGUAUUCCUUGACAAUGAAUGGAUUGGAAGAAGGUUUCAAGUGAAAGAUACUGUCAAUCAAUUCAAUUUCAAUUUGGAUGUGUAUAUCAAGGAGAAGGAGUUGGGAGAGAUAUUCGAUGAGGAAAUGUUGAAAGAAUAUCCUAAUUCUUUUGUUGGACACUUUUUCGCAUGA